GCUAACAUCGUCUGUCUCAAACUGCGUCUGAAUUUAAUAUUUAACUGUCACACUUCUGUGUAACUCUGUAUCUUUGUAGCUCUGGUGACCACAUCGCGCUGCACAGCUCCUCAUCUUUUCCAGCUAGCUUGUUUUAGCGUCUUUGCUCGACGGUACGCGCCGAAUCAACGCCAGCUCCUUUGGUUGACCUGACCACCACCACGUCCCUUCGUGAUGUAUGCCUGUGCUAAGUUCGUCUCCACGCCCUCUCUGGUCCGUGCUGGAUCUCGGGCUCUGUACAGACCACUCUCUGCAGCAGUAGUCUCAGAUGCCAGGAAAGCAGAUACUGCUUCCCUCCUGGCACCACAGAGUAUCGCAGCCUCCCAGCAGCAGGUGGCACUGCGGUCGUUCCAAACCAGCGCUGUAAGCCGUGACAUCGACACCGCUGCUAAGUUUAUUGGCGCUGGAGCUGCCACUGUGGGAGUGGCUGGAUCUGGGGCUGGAAUUGGAACAGUGUUCGGUAGCCUCAUUAUCGGAUAUGCCAGGAACCCCUCUCUGAAGCAGCAGCUGUUCUCUUAUGCCAUCCUGGGCUUCGCUCUGUCUGAAGCUAUGGGUCUCUUCUGUUUGAUGGUUGCAUUCCUUAUCCUGUUUGCCAUGUAAAGCAGUUAGGCACCUGCUGUAAAGGGAUGCAUCACAUUGUUAACAGGAAUUAGCAGUUUGAGACACCCUUGAAUGGUACAACGAUUUCAGCUUAGCGUGGUGCUCGUUCUUGUUCAUUGGUGUCUCUUAGAAGAUUGUGAACCCGCUGAUGUAUCAAACUCUGGCAAAACAGAAAUCAUGUGAAAUGGUUUUGCUGUUAUAUUGUAUAUUUAAUCAAAUGUUUUUGUUAACAAACAUACAACCAAUUACAGAAGUAAAAUGUGAAAUUAAUCUUG